CCCCCUCACCAUCGACUGCCACCUCGCAGCUCCGUCUUCAUCAUAGCAAGGUGAUCUCCUGUGCAGCGCAGUGGAUGGCACCCAACGUAUCGUACCACUGCGAGUGCAGCCUUGGAGUCGUCGAGCAAGGCAAGGCAGACUCUGUGCCAGAAAGCGCGUCUUCCCAAGCCUCUACCUCAACGCUGCCCCUCCUGCCCAGCCAAUAUAGCCCUGCCCGCUAUUCGUUCCACUCCUUGCAGACCCUCUACUACUGCACGGAAUGCCUUGAGACUCGCUGUCAGCUCUGUUCGCAGUCAGAAAUAGUCACGCACUACUGUCCAGCAUGUCUCUUCGAUGUCCCUUCAGCUACAGUCAAGGCAGAGCGCAACCGAUGUGCUAGAAAUUGCUUCUUGUGUCCUGUGGAGGGUUGUGGGCAUCUGCUGACGGUCACAGGCACCGAUCCCAAAGACUAUGGUAGAAUGGAAGCACCAGAAGCUAGUGUGGGAGUGGCGCCUUGGUUCCUCUCAUGUCAGGCAUGCAAGUGGGACAGCAAGCGAGCUUUCAGAGGGGGCGGUGGCUACGUCUUCGAGAAGAGCACCGGUAUCAAUGCGCAGGUGGAAGCGCAGAGAGGCCCAUUUCCAGGCCAGGUAGAGAUGGACAAGCUUCGAUCUUUUUACGAUUCGCAUCUACGCAAGCAGAACCUGUCCGGUGCUCGUGCUGCCUCUAUAACGGGAAGAAGCACCACGUCAUUGAGCAAGAGCAAACUUCUCAGAGAUCUCCCUGGACUAGAGAACUCCAAGUACAUCUCUGGGUCUCGAAGAGCAGCUGCCCUGGGCUUAGACAAGGCCUCAGCUUCAGCAACUCGCUCUGAGAACCUACCCCCUUACACAUCGGACCUCAGCACAGUCUCUGCAGAAGCCUUCAGCAAGCGCGAGGAAGAUCGCAAGAAAUUCACUGGCGAGCUCUCAUCAGAGCAAGUUGGCGUGGCGAGUGGCAUAGAAGAUCGAUGGUCGUCAGGAUGGGAUCAAGGGCCAAGAUCCAACCAUCUAGUACCGCAACGCGUGCCCUUACAGACGCUGUCAACCUUGCGCUGUCCGGGCUGUCGCCAUAUCCUUGUCAAGCCCGAUCUCAAGAAAUCAGGCUUCAGGUUCAAGAUCGCUCUUCAAGCAUCACUUCACUUGCCUGAAGUGUGUGCUCACUUCAAAGGGGUCAAGGUCCGUUCAGGGAGACAGAGUAGCUCGCUCAACCUGCGCGAAGCAGAGGGGAGGACUAGACCGCAGAGCAUGUUCUUGUCCGCGCCCGAGGGUGGCUCGAGUCUCAGAGCUGGCAUCACCAAAGAUGAGCCAUCGGCCGAAGACUCGGAGCGCCUUCGCACUGGGAAAGUCUACGACUACGAGCUUACUAUCGCGAAUCCGGACUUCAACCCGAUUGCUGUACAGAUUGCUGUGGUGCAGCCAAUGGAGGCAUCGUUGAAUACCCACGACACUUUGAAGGCUGGAGUAGACGAGGCCGAAGCUAAGAAGCCAAUUUGGACGGUACAGCCAUCGGCUACGCGCUUCAGUGUCAAGGCGUCCGAUGACAUGGACGUCAUCGAUGCCGAUCUUUUCGGCGAUCUCGGUCUGGCAGAUGAAGACGACGAUCUCGAGGAAGAGGCGGAGGAAGGCAGUGGUCCCGUCGGGGGAACGAGGAGAGGCAAGAAAGGCUUGGGAGCAGGAGUGCUGAGGAAGGAAGGCAAUCGGACUGUCAUCGCACUACGACUCGAAGUGGGCGUGCAUGCUGCAGAAGCAGCCAAGAGCGAGCGCGAGGUAGAAUUCGCGCUCAAGGUCACAUUCACUUCUCGACAGGAUCCUUCGGAGUCGGCGGCGUCGAGCAAAGCAUCAGUAGCUGAACCGAGUACAGGUGCGGGCAGUGGUCAGAACACUCGCACCCGAUCAUUCUGGACCUGCGUCCGACUAGGCAUGAUCGAGGGUAGACGGAAGGCCCCACUUGCUGGGUCUGAGCCCAUGACUGUGACAGGCGAAACGCGCCAGACCGCUGCAGAAAGUGUGACAGGGAUCAAUGUUGAGCUGGUGGGUGAAGAGGACAGAGAACGAUCCGCCCGACUGAAGAAGAGGCGGAGCGAGCUGAAUCUGGGCAGUACAUGAUAACUUGUGAGGUGCUGCCAUCGAUACCCCUUUCCGAAACACACUCAGAGGCGAUAGAUACCUCAAUGAUCCAGCUAUGUUCGAGGGUAGUGUCAC